AUGGGCACAAGGCUGGCCCAGACAGAGCUACAAGCUAAUAACCCCCCCGUCGGAAUUGCGAUUGGAGGCGUUCUGGGAUACGGCAUAGGACACAUCCAGGGAGCACUCCCAUCAUGGAGAUAUGAGUUCAUUAUCAUCGGAGCACUCUGUACAGCUUGGGGAAUUGUCAUAAUGAUACUCAUGCCGGACAGCCCUGUGACCGCGAAGUUUCUGACCAACCACCAGAAGCGUAUCACUGUCAUUCGUCUCAAGGACAAUCAAACAGGUGUGGAAAAUAAGACAUUCAAACCCUAUCAGGUGUGGGAGGCCUUAAAAGAUCCAAAACUAUACCUCUUCUACGUCCUAGGAACAGUGUGCAACUUGCCAAAUGGCGGCAUAUCGAACUUCGGCACGCUCAUCGUCCGAGGCAUUUUCCAAGACAAACUCCUAGCAGCAGUUAUGCAAGCUCCCUAUGGCGCCUUCAUCGCCCUUUCCAUUGGUCUCUGCGUCUACCUCAACGACCGAUUCCCGAACAACAAUCGAUGCAAAUUCGUCCUCAUAUUUCUAGUUCCCAACAUCGUCGGGGCCUUCGGUUUACGAUUCGUCGAUUCAUCUCAUCAUGCAGGCAGAUAUAUCUGCUACCUCCUUACGGGACCUUACAACGCUGCAUUUGUCCUUAUCCUAUCUCUACAGAUCGCCAACGUGGCUGGACAUUCGAAAAAAGUUUUUUUCAAUGCAGUACUGUUUCUGGGAUACUGCACGGGCAAUAUCGCCGGUCCAUUCUUCUACCUCUCAAGCCAAGCGCCAAGAUAUGAGCUGGGUAUUUGGAGUAUGAUCGUGAGUCACCUCCUUGAAGUCGUGGUGAUCUGCCUUUUGUGGUUUAUGUUAAAGAAGGAAAACACGCGACGUGACAAGCUACAGGGCCACGAGGGACUUACGGCAGAGCAAAUCCUGGAGAAGAGGAGGACGGAAGGGUACGACAGGACUGCCUUUGAGGAUUUGACGGACAGGGAGAACUUGAAUUUCAGGUAUAUCUACUGA